AUGCAAUCCAAACAGUCCCCGCUUUUCGAAACUGGUUUGCAGUCGGCUCACUCUGUGGAAGCAAUUCAUGAUCUCUCCCGGCCAUCUCUAAGACCCGUCAAUCGACUCAGUCUACAAUCAUUUGAUGUUUCAGUGAAAGUGAAUUUAAACCCAGGAAAGGAUCAGCAUGACAAGAUGGGGCUUAAUAUGAGCACAGAAGAAAAACUUCUUAAAACUUUGGCGCAUUUAAGACCUUAUCUUAAAACUGGGAUUAGCAUAAAAACAAUGCAUGAAAUUGAUUAUUUCCCUAUCAGUCCCCGACAAGUAGAGCGCUAUUGUCCAACUGAGCAUGUAACUGUCAUUGCCUACCUACUCGACUGUCUGCUAUUUCUUCCUCGACUUACCCAAUUUUCGGAUGACAUUUCCCCGAAUGGAUAUGACAUUUGUCUCUUUGGCCAAUCGAGAACACAGAUGGCGGCUUAUUUUGAGUUGAGAAACCGUCAAAACCUGACUUUGUCCAAUCACUCCUCUGUGGUCUCGAUCAGACAAGUAGCAAGCAUUAUGUUCUCCUCUUUGGCUGAUAUUUUGUGGUCCCCGGGAUAUAAAGAAAAGCAGCGAUUCACUGAGAAACUAAAUAAUACCAACGGAGACUUAAAAACAAAGAGGGGGUUGGACAAUAAACAUUAUUCGGUCAGAUUCAAUGAGAUGAAGGCAGAGGAAGAUCCAAAAGAAAAAAGAAAUACAAUAAAUGUUUCCAUAUGUGCUAAGCACCAAGAUUCAUCUAAUUUUCUUGAUUCUCGGAUGUUGUCCUUGCUCAUACUCAAGCUUCUUGAACAAUCUCAUUGCCCCAAUCUAAAGGAUAGAGCCUGUAGGCUCGCACAGGAGAUUGAAUCCUUGCGAUUCUCAGCUUGCUCCUUUGGCACCUUAGGCUCAUCACUUGUGGGGCCGUUUCUCCUGUGUCUGGGCACAAAUGGGAUAUACAAAAUCGAAAGAGUCAAAGAAGAUAUGCAUUUAUUGGUCUCCAUCUUUAAAUUGAUUUCGACUCUGCUGCAGGCCAUUCUUUCAGGAAACUAUUCCGACACAUCGGAAGAAGAGUUGACCAUGGGGCUAUUAGCCUUCAGAGAUAGUUUGGCAUUAGUUGGUCUCGAUGCUGCUACGAGUCAAAUGCUGCAAGCACUGCCUUCGAAUGGGGAACUAUAUCGGCUGCGACAAAAUCUUUCCAAACUUAGAGCCUUCUACGAUCUCAUUGUCAACCCCUAG